CACGCACACGCGACGCUCGUCUCCUGCCGCCGCGGCCCGCGUCCCGUUCUAUCCGAUCCCGAGUUUCCGACGCGAGUGUGUGACCUAACUGACCUAAGCACGUGCCUGUCGUGGCGUAUUGCUUGUACCGUGCUCUGUUAAGCCGCCAAGAUUCGGGUGAAGAACCGAGAGCCGGUGCCGGCGUACGCCAUGGCCGACGCCGACCGAGAUUCGGAUCUUGGCGACGACAGUCCCGUGUCCGCACGAUCUGAAGGAGAGUCUUCAGGGGAGCAAUCUUGUGAGAGUUCAGACGAGGGCGUGGGGAGGGAUGCUCCUGGUUCCCUCCCUCACCAGCCCCAUCAGCCGAUGCAGCCUCACCAGGCUCUGCAGUCCCAUCAGUCUCUCCAACACCAGAACAUGACACAUCAACCCUCACACAACAUGAACCACCACGGGUCAGUGCAACACCAGCCACUGAACAGCCAUCAGAUGUCCCACCAGCAUCAGAGGAACUCGCCCAGACCUCUCGAGAGGGAACUCAAAGUCCGUGACGACUUCGAGUCUCUAAAAUCCUCGUUACAUCCACACUUAUCAUCGCUGGCCUCAUUAGCCCAGGGGGCUCCUUUGUCGACCCCCAGCAGUGUAUUCGCACUAGCCGGUGCCGGGGCUACAGGAGGCUUCCCGUAUGCACCACCAGCAUUCCUGGCACCCGCUCCACCCCCGCCAGCGCAGCCUGCAGGCUCAGCUUCAUCCUCCUCAUCAGAAGGCAGCGCUGCCGGUUGGAGCUUUGAGGAACAGUAUAAGCAGGUCCGUCAGAUGAAACAUUGUAUCAACGAAUUCGAUGACUUGGCGAUAGAUGAAAAUAAUAUUGAUGGUAAAUGGAUGGUAAUUGAGCAGAUCAACAAUUUUAUUCUGUUGUGUAAUGUUGAAAUAGUGUGGAUGGCCAUCGGUGUGGACACGUGGUCCAUAUGUAUCGAGUCAGGGCGCAUUAGCGUGUCGGGUGACCGUCACUCUGCAACCGUGCAACAAGUUAUAAAUAGGUGA